CUCAAACUCGACCUUGGUUUUGAAACUCAAGCUCGAGCUCGAUUCUGAAACUUAGACUCAAUGUUAGAACUCUAUCUCUAACUGGCAUUUUAAUCCAUGGUAGUUAUCUUCUAUACAAGGACAAAACUACUGUACUUGGCUAUCUUUUCUUGUAUACGCAAUAUUCAAUCUCAACAUGGCACCAAGACGAAGUAAAGAACAUGGCUUCGUCGGACAAAAGGAUUCCGAGUCAACAAGAAGCUCUUCAGCCGCUUGCGCCACUGCUAUCACUGCGCCAGGCGACACAGUUCUGGUCUACAAGGACGCUGCACGAGUGCCGCUGAGCUUUCUUGCGCAGCGCUUGGGGACGAGACACGACGAUGCCCAAGCCACAGCCUUUGCGCACCUGUCAGAAAUUCUUGAUGCGUUCUUCACUACAAGAGAGGGACACUGCCCCGCUUUCUUGCUGGUGUCGCUGCGAUUACUGGAAGAAAAAACGCGGACGACCCUGAAAGGCGUGAGGCUCUCGACCACGUCGAUCAGUUUUGAACACCCACACGCUGACGUAAAACAGUUUCGAUGCUGGGUAUCCUGUGCAAGAGUAUCUUCGCACUUGACGUACAAAUUGCUUUUGCUGCAGUACUGCAUCAUGACAAAAAUUAAAAUUUCCUUUCACUUUAUAGUUUUAGUCGAGUCAGCAUUACUUUUACUACAUAUGAUCUUUGUCCUGGAAAUUUGCGAGUUCUACCAGUCAGUGCGAUACUUUUGCAAUGCAUACUGGGACCGUCUGAACAAGUUGGGAGAUCAUGGUAGCGUUAAAUAAUUACUCAUCGAAUAAUUGUCUUUAUCAUGUCGCAUAGGACUAGUCGAUUCUGAUUGUUCAAACCCGUCUUUAUAGAGUUCUUGUUAGUAGGCUACGGCUACCUAGGUCUUGACUCAAAUCAAGAGAUAUUAAUAUCCACUUCGCCUUCCUCCACUUCAUAUGUGGAUGCGCAUGUGGCUGCCAACUCCCAUGCCAGCAGUGCAGUUGGGAUUGAAAAGUGCUACCAAAAGCAGGAAAUUGUGUCUGCGGCUGAAAAAUUCAAAAGCUCACCCUUGCGGCGGCGCGAGGCCGCCGGUAUUUCUGCCAUUGGAAGCGAGACUGUUUCCCGAAAUGUUGCGGAGUUGCGGCUUCCCCUGUUGAAGCAGGACACUUCGUCAUCGCGGGGGGGUGGCUAAGGGUAUUGAGGGCCUAAGUGAAAGAGAACAACAGAGAUUUCCAGACAUUCGCUGCCAUAAUCGGCUCUGUCGAUUGGCUGGCGCCUUUAAGGUGGAAUCUAAUAUAAUAUAUGUAACUCUCUUGCGUUUCUCAUUCUUUGCUACCUUUCAUCUCUGGACCCCUGAAGCAAGUCAAAAAGGGCAGCCCCGGACUCCGGGCCGGGCCUUCCCGUCUACGGCCAGGGGGGUCACAGAGUUGGGCAAUUGGGGGAGGGUUCAGAAAAAUUUCCGCAGAGGCCCAAACCCGAUUGGUACUGCGGAAAUUUGUCUGCGGUUCCAGCAGGGGGGGGUCCUGACCGACCCCGCUCUGGUGGGCGGGGGUGCAGACAAAUUUCCGCAGAACAGUCGACUUACCGUGGUCAGCCGGAAUUCUCAGCACUAAGAGGUCAGAGCAGCUGGAACAGCCGAGGUUUGGAGGGCCGGGCCUCCCGGGGCAGGAAAGUAGAUGAAAUGCGAGAAGCGGACCAUGGCCAGCUCCCGCGGACGAGUUGCUUUCCGCGGGUGGGUCCCCUGCUCAGCCCCACCGCAACCUCCGAGGCCGCCUGGAUUUGGACAACCCAAAUUGUUUUGCCGUUACGCCCAAAAACAAAAUUCUUGAACUUUUCAGCCGCGGACAAAACUCACGCUGGUAAAGUCGUUCACCUAAUGAAAAUGAUCAAGCUUUAAUCUAUCUUUCCCUCGUCCACCCUUUGUCAGUCUUUUCAACAAGAACUGUGGGACAUUGAAUUAGUGACUAAGUACUUUUGUUCUUCAGGCGGAAUUCUGUCGCUUGAGAGCGAGUGCCUGGCGCUGGCCCGUGCAUUGGAAUUUUGCGGUAUCAGUCUCGUCGAGGUCAAGGCAGUAUUGGAUAUCGUCGCCGAUCUUCUCGGGGAAGAGCAGCUGACAGGUAAGUUAUAUAGGUGCAUCAUGCUUCCUCUUAUGGUUAUGAAAGAAUGACAGGAGUUCGAGGCCAUGAAUAUCGCACAAAAUUGAAAUAAAAGUUACGAUCACAUCGAAUCACCAGAUCAAUCUAGUUGUAGCACUUAGUUAGAAGUUCGACUUCUAUGAAGAAGAAAAAAUAAAAUUAGUUUGUGCGGCUCGCGACCAGCACGAUGUACAGGUGCUGCAACGUUUAGUGAAUGGACGCAGCAACACCCAGUGCCACUGAUCUUUGGCAUAGGCAGACCAAUGCAAAGGCACUAGUACUUGCCGAACAAUCUGAAGUCAAUUGAUUAGCUGCAUGAGCAUGAUGGAAGAUGAAGAACCCUCAGCGUUGACACAAAUAUUAAUGACGAUGGGACAUUUCAAAUAUCGUGAAAUCGGAGCUAAUGCUAAUAUGAUGUGUAAAUACUUAAGCGCAACAUCAAGAUCAAGUUCUUCAAUUUUAAUAAUGAGCAAAAAGAAAAAGCCUUAUACAGAAAAACAAGAAAUAAAGAAGAAUCUGAAGGCGACUAAAAAGAUUUGACAAAAGGGUGCUAUUUGCUAACGUAUAAUUUAAAACGGUACUAGAAUGGAUGACUGAAAGCAACAAACUUAAACUGCAGGAUCGUCGCUGGCGGAUCGGUUGCAACUUCCCGCACGGACAGUAGCAGACUUCGUCAGUAGUAAAGACAGAAGGAUGCUGUUUGCGAAACUGCUUUACGACGGGCUAGUGCGUUGCAUCGUCAGCGCGUUGAACGACGAACUGAAGUGCAGUCUUGCGUCGAAGGAGCAGGAAUAUGCAACCGGGCAUGGCCAUGGCGGCCGAAACUCGGCUGUCUAUUCGACUAAAUGUGUCCACCUCGUACAACUCGCAUCGGAGUUCGGUAACGAACGCAAAGUGUCAUCCUCAUCGUCGUCCGAUUCAAUCCAGGGAGCGUCUUCGUGGGAGAGUUUCCAAAGUCUGUGGAUGCAGUCGGCGCUCUUGAGCCGUGCGAGGACGAGCAAUGAUCAUGAUCAUCAACAUGAACAUUAUUUGCCCACUGCUGUCGUAUCAACUAGGAAAGUGUUCUUCGGCUUUGGAAGAAUUUGCCAUGCACCUCUUUUUUUCCGUGUGUUGCGUCAUGUGUGUCCAUGCAGAUGACAAGGUGUGGAAUAUAGGACAUGGCAUUGCUGGUCAUCAUAAAAAUUUUCAUACGCUAUUUAUCAUGUCUAUGAAGGCUCAUGCAUGAUAUUCGGUUUCGGAGCUGUCAUGAUCUCAACUUGACCUAAACCACGAGGAGUGGACAAGUUCGUUGCGGUGGUCGUGCACAAGGACACAUUUUUGUACGUGUGUGAUUGACCUCCCACAGAGAAAAUGACACCAGGUUGCGCCUGCACACGAAGUUAGUUUGAGUUUUUUUUCCAGCCCGAGACAUAUUUGCAGUGCAUACGAAGACACUCUCUACAACGCUAGUGCUACGGAGAACGUGGAACUGCAGCUCGGAUGUGAUGCGUUGGCGAAUUUUUUUGCUAGUUGCGACCCAGAGCGGAGUAGUGUUUUAGUGGAUUGCUUGUACCGGCGAGACCGAUCCGAAAAAAGCUUCUCUCCUUUCGUGCUCCUGCAAGGCGGAUUAGGCACAGAAAGAAACCUCCCAUCCGCAUCCAAUUUGUCAACGCGCGAAACAUGCGUAAUCUUCUGCGGUUGUCAUGCAAAAAAUGAAUGUGGAUGGGUUUUCUAUUUUUUCUGUGGAUACAGACAACGGUUACAGCAUAGAGGCCACGCCUUUGACGUGUCAGGUUCAUGGACAGCCUCGUUCUUUCCGCACACUCUGGCUGUGCAGACCUUUAGCGGGGAGAUGUUGUCCACGGCUUCGGCCGCGGAAUUAUCGGAGGAUUCGCUGCAACUACUGCACAGCAUCGCGUUUUCGCACCUGCGCGUGGAGCGAAAUCCUUUUGCGGACAUGCUAACGCUUCGAGAGGACCUCGAAAACAUCCUGCGAACUUCCAUGCGUGUUUACGUUGUGGCCUCAUCGAAGAACAGUCCAGCUACGCCUUCUCAACAGCGCGCUCAUGUGUUGGCUGCGGGCAGCACAGCUACAACACGAGGUGGCAGUGGGAGUUGUACUGCUACUGGCGCCGCAGCGUCGAGCUCGAGGGCGAGCGGCGAUGACAACAGGUUGAAGUUCGUUGUGUCGGGAAGAACAGAGAACUUGAAGCAUUUGGCGGUUUCCACCCGGCCAACUGCAGGCUUCCGCGCCCCCGGCACCGGUGGCGGAGCUACGCGAGGAGCAGCAGCCCCAGAGUCAUCCUCUUCGCAAUCCGGCAUCGCUUGUCGUUUCCGACAAGACGAAGCGGACGAGGGCUUGCGAGAUACUAGUGAUGAGCUGUCUGCGAGUCAGCAUUUUCAGGUUCGGGAUGAUGAUCUCUUUACGGGGUACGUGUCCUCAACCGGCGCCACGCAGAGCAGUUACGGAGGCAGGAGAAUAAUGUUGACAGGAACGUCCUCCUCCGCUUCUUCUUCUUUAACGAUCAGCAAGAAGAAUCCGACGAAACAAUUUCUGUUCUACGAAGAGGCGGGUGCGGGCGACUCUGUGGCGGGAGGAGGUGGCGCUACAACUGGCUCCUCGAGUGCUGCGAAUAAAGGAAACAACGCUUCUCCUGGGGCUCCUACGACGGGGGGACCAAAUAAAGUCACAACGCCACCGAAAAGCGCUGGGGCUACUUCUUCGGCAGCCGCCACCGCUGCCUCGGCAACGACCUCGACCACCGCGCCUGCUGGUGGUUUUUCGGGGUUUCACAACUUGACGCCGGAGGGUCAGGAAAUCGUGGCUGCGCAAAUCAAGAAAAUCAUGGGUGGCGCCGCGGAGGGGGUGGUGACGACGGGGUCGUCCGCUACUUCAUCUUCUGGAACCAAGAAAAACGCCGAUGCGCUGUCCGUCAAGAUGGACCGCGUGCUAGUGGACGAGGCAGGGCAGAACAGUCGCGGGCCCAGCCCCUUUAUGGAGCUGGUCGGCCUCGGGCCGGAAUCGCGGGAGGAAAGCUAUAGAGAGCUGUGCGUGAACAAGAAGGCCGACAUAUUGAGAGGAAAAACGUCCCCGUCCCAGAGUCAAGAUCAAGCUGGGAAAUCUGCUACACAAUUCCCACAGCUUCGGCUGUUGCGCGUGACAAGUUUUGUUUCGUAGUGUGGUCCUGUUUCAGCAGCGUCAUAGAUCCAGCCUAUUGUGCUGGUUGGAGCAUUUGAAAUUCCAAAACACAGCUAGAAAAUAGAUACUUCCUAAUAUGAGGCUCCGCGUGAUAACAAGUAGCUAUAUAUAAGCAUUUUGAUCAUGUAGAUUUGCAUGACAACUAUUGGGCGGGGGCGUUUUUACAUAGGACGCGACAUCUUUGACGCGGUAGCCGCCGGCGAUGCGCCGGCGGUGCAGCGCAAUCUGCAAAUCUUCUGGCCCUUGUUUGAUAAGUAUCUCAGUGGCAGUGUACUACACCUCCCCUCGGUUUCCUCUGUCUUUUUGUUUUGCCUCUCAGUUGCUAAAAAUUAUACGAUGAAAUAGAAUCCAAGAAAUCUUCCGGUGCUUGUACUUGUAGAUAUUAUAUAUGAAUAUAAUAAUGACGAUGCUCCCUUGGCGCUUUGCAUCCGCCCCAGUCGUGUUUGCGUUGUAACAGGUUGCCUUAUAGGAGCAUGACUUGAGUUCAGUGCGAAACUGUAAUCGAUGCAAGGAUGGAUUGUUUUGCAUUCGGAUUUGCUAAAAGUUGUCGCCGUAAUGAUUACUGAGGAUGCGGAAACCGCCCUCAUUAACAGAAGGAAAUGGAGGGGGGGGGGGGGUUGUGCACGCCUAUAACAGUGCCUAUGUGGAGUUUGUGCAGAACUGGCUGAAAGCCAAGGGACACGUGGCGGACCUCGAUAUAGCGUUCUCAAGCGUCACAUUCUCAGCUAUUGCGUGAAUUUGUGAUGCGUAUGCAUAUGCAACAAGAACAACAGCCUUGCCUUUGCGCUUCAUCUUGCGUUGCAGAUGUGGUGCGGAUUUGCAUACUCAUGCUAUUUAUAAUUAAUGCGCCGAGAGCUUGUCAUGCGAAAAAGCUUGAUGUUGAUCAUGAUGCGCAGUGAGUACUGCGCAUCACGAUCAUCGUGAUGUCAUCGAAAGUUGUGCUUCCUCGCCCACCCCCCGGGGAGGGGAUCCUUGACCUGUGGCGCUGGGAGCGGGUGUCCACUACAUGAUGACGAUGAUGAUGAUGAUGAUGCAGUGAGUGUGAUAGUUUGGAUAAAUUGAAACUCGUCAUGUAACAGCUGAAAACGUAAGUAACGCUUGAGACUCCCAUACUGCAGGCGUCGCCUUUGCAGAAUCUCGCGAAGCUGUCCCUGGACCGAAUCCACCAGAUCGUGUCUGAUUGCACCUUCGGGAACGCACUUCAGGACGCACAAACAAUAUGUACCUGUCAGGUGGGAAGUUGUCAUGAAGAUGAAAUUACUUACUUUUGAGUACCAGUACGCUACUAGGGCUAGUAACCACGACCACGACGUGCUCGUGGUUGCGGUCGGCUUACUUAGUACCGUAGCAAAUCGCUUCCGUGUUUUUUGGGCGAUUCCCCACGUGGCGCAACCAUAUGCCAAGGUGGCAGAGCUGAAACAGAAAGCCAAGGAGGUGCGGUACCGCGGGCCGACCAACCGUCCGGGUGAGGCUGCUCAAAGCGGCGGGAAAUACGAUGACGCUGGGCUGGCUGCCAGAGGUUCAUGAUAUAAUUUGUUGAUGAUGUUGGAUGCCUCCGUUUGGUGGUCUUGUUGGGAUAAGAAUAAUAAUGCGCUCAAAACGUAAUCUCAAUCUCUAUGUUUAUAUAGCGCAAGCGUUUGCAAAGAACUACUUUUAGUACAUCCUCGUCCAACUCCAAGGACGCCAACACUGCGACUUCGAAUACUUAUGCGUAGAUACAUGAGACUGAUCAAAGAAAGAAAAAUGAAUCGCAACAGCACGCGGCAUGAGCGACAGCAUGGUGGGUGUAGACGUUCCUGUGAUUUACAUUCCGAAGGAUUUCGACUUUCUGCCGAUCAGGGAGCGGCAACUCAUCCUCCAUCAACAAGGAGUUUUGGACAAUGAAGUCCUCAAAAACCCCCGGCUCCAAACGCUGGCAUCGAGUAUCAGGCAGCGUUACAUCGUCUAUUUUUAUCCGCGUUCAGAAGUUGCGCUUGCCUCAUCUCGUUAUUCUACAGCAUUUCAUAUUUCUCUGCUGUAUGCGGUUUAAGAUCAAGAAUAAGAUUACUUUUGCUGAUGAUAUUCAUCUCCGUAGCUGCAUCGAAUCAACAAAAAUAAAAAACACAAAACUAAGCUACAAGAUACAAAAAUCGAAUAAAGCUGAUUGCGAUUUUUACAAUGUCUAUCAAACAGCGGAGGUGAGUGCGUACUAUGAUUUCCGGUCUGCCGAGGGGGAUGAGCACGGUGAUUUCCCGUGGACCGACGUGUAUUCGGCCGAUCCUUCGCAGCCCUUCAACGUCGGAGCGGAAAAAGUGAACGCGGGGAGCAAAGGCUACUUAGCGAGUUUCCAGGGAGAUGGCCCGACGGGUAGUUCCGCGGACGGGGCCGGCGGUAACGCAGCGACCAUGGCUGAACAAGGUGGCAGCACACCCUACACAGCCAAGAAUGGUGUCGCGCUGCAUCAAGCGCUAUCCGCAAUGUCUCUCGAACUGCGGAUGUGCCAGGAAACCUUGGCCGCCCACACCAGUGCCAACGAUAUGGCCGGGAAAAAGUCCGAAACAGCGUCCUACCAAACGCACAUUCUCCAGGAACUCACUGCGGAGAGAGACUACUGGAAAAAGGAAUGCGUCAUCCUGUGGGAGCAGGUGCGGCGCUUGGAGGACGAUUUGCGCGCGUGGGACCAGGAAGGCGCGUACUUACUUCAACUUGCUCAUGCACUUUUAUCUAACAAGCAUGAAUCAUGCGCUUUUCCUUUUUAUUGCCUCCAUAGUGGAAGGACACAUAUUAAAAUUUAUUCUGCAGGAAUUGGCAGCACCGAAAGCAGCAGAAGCCGAACGAAUUGGACCUGAACGCUGCAAUACGGGGGCAACAAGGCCAGCUCGGCGAGCAGGUAGACCUCCGUUUGGACCAGUCCAAGAAGCUCAUGGAGGAGCUCCGAAAACACAUUGAGGAAGCGGAACAGUCAGCCUAA